AUGCCUCGAGAAAUUAUAACCUUACAAUGUGGUCAAUGUGGAAACCAAAUUGGCGUUGAAUUUUGGAAACAGUUAUGUAAUGAGCAUAACAUAGAUCAAGAAGGAAUAUUAAAAAAUAAUAAUUUUUUAAAUGAAGAUAGAAAAGAUAUAUUUUUUUAUCAAGCUGAUGAUGAACAUUUCAUACCGAGAGCAUUGUUAUUUGAUCUAGAACCUCGUGUUAUAAAUAGUAUACAAACUAGUGAAUAUAGAAAUUUAUACAACCCUGAAAAUAUGUUCAUAUCAAAAGAAGGAGGUGGCGCAGGAAAUAAUUGGGGAUGUGGAUAUAGUCAAGGACAUAAAGUAGAAGAAGAAAUUAUAGAUAUGAUUGAUAGAGAAGUAGAUAAUAGCGAUAAUUUAGAAGGAUUCAUUUUAUCUCAUUCAAUUGCAGGAGGUACUGGUAGUGGAAUGGGGAGUUAUUUAUUAGAAUUACUAAAUGAUAAUUAUUCAAAAAAAAUGAUUCAAACAUUUUCUGUUUUUCCAUUAUUAACUAAUGAAAGUAGUGAUGUUGUUGUUCAACCAUAUAAUAGCAUAUUAACAUUAAAAAGACUUAUAUUAAGUACUGAUAGUGUUGUUGUUAUUGAUAAUACUUCUCUAAAUAGAAUAUUUGUUGAUAAAUUAAAGUUAAAUAAUCCUACAUUCCAACAAACAAAUACAAUUAUUUCUAAUGUGAUGUCUGCUUCUACUACUACUUUAAGAUAUCCAGGUAGUAUGAAUAAUGAUAUGAUAAGUUUAAUAUCCUCCUUAAUUAUUAACCCUAAAUGUCAUUUUUUAGUCACUUCAUAUACUCCUAUAACUAUUGAAAAACAUAUUUCUAAUGUUCAAAAAACUACUGUUUUGGAUGUUAUGAAAAGAUUAUUGCACACAAAAAAUAUUAUGGUGUCUGUACCUGUUAGAAGAGGUAUGUAUAUUUCUAUAUUAAAUAUUAUUAGAGGAGAAACAGACCCAACGCAAGUUCACAAAGGACUACAAAGAAUUAGAGAUAGAAAAUUAGUCAAUUUUAUUAAAUGGAAUCCUGCAUCAAUUCAAGUUACUCUAGCAAAGCAAUCACCUCAUGUUGUUUCUACGCAUAAAGUAUGUGGGCUUAUGAUGGCUAAUCAUACUUCGAUUUCAACUUUAUUUGAAAGAUGCGUUACACAAUUUGAUAGGCUAUUCAAAAGAAGAGCAUUUUUAGAAAAUUAUAAAAAAGAACCUAUGUUUUCAAGUGCUGAUGGACAAGGUAAUUUUGAAGAAAUGGAAUCGUCAAAAGAAAUUACACAAAAUCUUAUUGAUGAAUAUAAAAGCGCAGAAAGAGAUGAUUACUUUAAUCACACCUAUUUGUAA